AUGAAGGUGUAUAGCGUUCUUUUUAUAUCUUCUCUUUUACUUCAGUCUUGUUCAGCUGGUCUCUGGGGUAAUAAAAAAGAAGACCCUAUUCAAGCAGAAUAUAAGUUGGCUGAUAAUCCUGCUUCAAAAUUCGACUAUAAGUUAUCAUUCAAAAAGAAUUAUUAUUAUAACAAUACAAUUCCCUUUUGGUCUACUGGUGGAGAUAUUUUCAAGUCUGAAGACUUUAUUCGUCUCUCACCUUCUAUACCCAACACCAAAGGUUGGAUUUGGUCAGAUAUCCCUAAUCCUUAUCCAGAAUGGGAAGUGGAAAUCGGUUUUAGAGUCAGAGGAAACAAUUUGCACGGUGGACGUGGUUUAGCCUUUUGGUACGCUAAAGAUCCUAAAGAAACAGGCCCCGUGUUUGGUUCAAAAGAUAAAUGGGAUGGUCUCAGUGUCUGGCUUGAUUCUGCUAACCCUGUGACACAUAAACAAAGCACGAUGGUGUUAUUGAAUGACGGCACAUUGGCUUUUGCAGCUGGCGAUGAUCCCAUCAAGCAUAUGCUGGGACAAUGCUCUAUCAGUUAUCGAAACGCUGAAAAUCCUGCUUAUUUGAAAGUGACUUAUAAGGAUCAGAUUAUUACUGUUGCAUUGGAUAAUGGAUCAGGUGCAAAAGACUAUCGUUUAUGUGCUCAACAGGGUGGUAUUAAAUUGCCUGUAGGUUAUCACUUUGGUAUUUCUGCUUCGUCACACACACCUGCAGAUGAUCACGAUGUUAUUUCUUUUGAGACAAGACAAUUAAAUCCCCCUAAAAAAAUGGAGCACCCAAAACGCCCAUUAGAAGAAGAAAAGAAGAAGAAGGGUCAAGAAUUCAAGGGCAUAGAUGAAGAACAGAAGAAAAAGAUUCAAGAAGCAGAAUUCCAAAUGAAAAAAUUAAGAGAGACAGCUGAAGCAGACGAUUAUCAAGGGGAAACAGCUGCUGCUAUCUAUGAUACCCAACGUAGAGCAAUUGAACAUUUACAGAUUGUACAGUUGCAGAUUGAAGCCUUGGGCGCACCUAAUCCAAAUGAUGCUCUUAGUGGCAAUUAUGAAAAAGCGGAUCGCGUUUAUGCUCGAGAUAAACACAACAACGAAAUGUAUAACAAAAGCGACAACAACAACAAUAAUGCGUAA